CUGUAGGACCAUCUCUCUCUCUCUCACUCUUUCUCUCUCUUCAUACACACAUGACAUAAUUGAUAAAAGUGGGAGAAGGUCCACCACACUUUACAGGGAUGGCCAACUUGCAAACUCUAUUCUUAGAAGUGGAGAUUACCAACCAAACUCAUCCUUAUAAAAUCGACCGAUAAAAUAAGAAUUGCCUCAUUUAUGUAUUUUGGUCAUAACAUGAAAUCUCCACAUGUGUAGUAGUAUUACAGUUCUAUUGAGACAUUGAUCAUCCUCACCCGGUUCUAUUCUAUGUAGUUAAUUAAUUAAUAUCUCCAUUCCUCAUAUAUAUAACCUGUGUUAAUUUCACCUUAUCUACCCAUUUCCCUCUUCUCUCCUUGUAUGUGUCUCAUAGGCACAACACAACACAUUAGUAGAAAGAAAGAAAGAGCAUAGAUAUAAAAGGUGCAGUGAUGGCAUCUCAAACAAAGGCCCAUCGUCCCUUCUUCUUCUUCUUCCUGUGCUUAUUCUUCAUUUCAAAUUUUUCAUGCAUCAUUGCUUCUGUGCCAAAAGAGCAAGAGCAAGAUCGAAUCUCUUCUCUCCCGGGGCAACCACCAGUGACAUUUUCUCAGUUCUCUGGUUAUGUCACUGUCAACGAGCAACAUGGUCGAGCACUCUUCUACUGGUUCACUCAGGCCACCACUUCCCCCGAGAAUAAACCUCUUCUUCUUUGGCUCAAUGGAGGGCCUGGUUGUUCAUCGGUGGCAUAUGGAGCAUCAGAGGAAAUUGGACCAUUCCGUAUAAACAAAACUGCCUCUUCUCUAUAUCUUAACAAAUAUGCAUGGAAUAAAGAAGCAAAUAUCCUCUUUCUUGAAUCGCCUGCUGGUGUUGGUUUCUCAUACACAAAUACCAGUUCUGACCUGAAAACUUCUGGGGACAAAAGGACAGCUCAGGAUGCUCUCAUUUUUCUAAUUAGAUGGGUGGAAAGAUUUCCCCAAUAUAAAUAUAGAGAGUUUUACAUUGCUGGGGAGAGCUAUGCAGGGCAUUAUGUCCCCCAGUUGGCUAAGAAAGUCCACGAUUAUAAUAAAAACCAUCCUCAUAUCCUCAAUCUCAAAGGGUUCAUUGUGGGAAAUGCUGUGACUGAUGACCACUACGAUGGGGUUGGAACUGUCACGUAUUGGUGGAGCCAUUGUAUGAUAUCUGAUCAAUCAUACAAAUCAAUCCUCAAAUACUGUAAUUUCGCCGAAAAGAAAACAACCAAAGAAUGUGACGAUGCAGUGAGUUAUGCGGUUAACAAGGAAUUUGGAAACAUUGAUCAAUACAGUAUCUAUACACCUUCGUGCCCAACAUCACAAAAUGAUACUGUGAGGCAAUAUGCUAGGUUCAAGAGCAGAAUUUUACGUAGGAUUUCUGGGUAUGAUCCAUGCACUGAGAACUAUGCAGAGAAAUACUAUAAUCGUCGUGAUGUGCAGAAAGCAUUGCAUGCAAAUGUUACAAAGAUUCCUUACAAAUGGACUGCUUGCAGUGAUGUGCUCAAUAAACAUUGGAAGGAUUCUGAAUUUUCCAUGUUACCCAUUUACAAAGAGUUAAUUUCAGCUGGUCUCAGAAUCUGGGUUUUCAGUGGAGACACAGAUUCAGUGGUUCCUGUAACUGCCACUAGGUUUUCUCUCAGCCAUCUCAACCUCACCAUCAACACUCGUUGGUAUCCAUGGUACUCAAGUGGCCAGGUAGGUGGAUGGACAGAAGUGUAUGAUGGACUAACCUUUGCAACAGUAAGAGGAGCUGGACAUGAAGUACCAUUGUUUCAACCAGAGAGAGCUUACACACUUUUCAAGUCUUUUUUGGAAGGGAAAAAGCUACCAAAAUCCUGACAUGUUACUAGUUUUAUUUUAAUAUUUCAUCAUUUUAUCUUUUAUGAAAUUCAAUUUAAUUGGUAUCCAUAAUCCCGUGGAAUUGAUGGGUGAAGGCAUGCAGCAGCCUGGAUAGAGAACAAAUAUCAUUUGUUCAUAUUAGUGUCUGUAAUUAUUGAUUUGUAAACAAUAUAAGUUGUAUUGCUCAAUAGUGGUGGGCAAAUGAAACUAACAUAAAUUGUUAAGUCUAUAAAAAAAAGGGAAAAAAUCCUGCCUAAAACCAGCAAAACUCUCAAUUUUCCUUUCAAAGUAGUUUGGUUUGAUUUU